GGCAAUAAAAUGGAGCAGGAAUCAAUUCUAGAGGAGCUUCUUUUAAAGAAGUCGCAACAGAAGAAAAAAAUUUCACCAAUUAAUUACAAAGAACGACUGUUUGUUCUCACAAAAACAAACCUCUCUUACUAUGACUAUGACAAAGAGAAAAAAGGAAGCAAAAAAGGAUCAAUUGACAUUAAGAAAAUUCGAUGUGUUGAGACAGUGAAUCAGGAGGAACAGGCACCUUUGGAGAGACAAUAUCCAUUUCAGAUUGUAUACAAGGAUGGCCUUCUCUACGUCUUUGCAGCAAAUGAAGAGAGCCGAAACCAGUGGUUGAAAGCUUUACAUAAAGAGAUUAAAGACAAUCCUGAUUUACUAAACAAGUAUCACAAAGAAUUCUUUACCAAUGGGAAGUUUCUCUGCUGCAACCAGGCAUGUAAAGCAGCCCCUGGAUGUACCAUCUGGGAGAAAUUUACAGAUAUGAGUCUGCCUAGCAGAACCAGCUCUAUGAAACCACUGCCUCCUGUCCCUGGGAAACUGCUGAAGCAUGACAAUCAGCCUCCAGUUCUAGCACCUGGUAAAUCCUCGCUGAAGAUCACUGUGGCAGAGUAUGACUAUGAAGCCAAAGGAAACGCUGAUAUCCAGCUUGUCAGGAACAGCAAGUAUUAUGUUCUGAAAGAAGAGGAUCCUGACUGGUGGCAAGUAAGGGACAUGGAAGGGCAUGAAGGCUUCGCACCAAGUCCCUAUCUGAAAGAGAUCUCCCUAGAUGAUGAUGAACCUGGGGGAAACUCCAGUGGAAGUGACCAUUCAUCAGAAGACGAGGAGAGCAUCACUAAGCAUGAUUGGUACGCUGGUGAUAUCUCCAGGGCCCAGGCAGAGCAACUGCUACGACAGAAGGAGAAAGAAGGUGCUUUUAUGGUUCGAAAUUCAAGCCGAAUGGGCAAGUACACCGUGUCCGUAUUCAGCAAGGCUCUUGAAGAUAAAAAAGGAACUGUCAAACAUUACCACGUGCACACAAACUACGAAAACAAAUAUUAUCUGGCUGAAAAUUACUGUUUUGAUUCAGUUCCCCAGCUUAUUCACUAUCAUCAGCAUAACUCAGCAGGUAUGAUUACAAGGCUUCGGCAUGCUGUGACUACGAAAGCAAAUAAGGUCCCAUCGACAGCAUCCUUAGGAAAUGGGAUCUGGGAGCUGAAACGAGAGGAAAUCGUCCUGCUCAAGGAAUUAGGAAGUGGCCAGUUUGGAGUGGUACAGCUGGGAAAAUGGAAGGGAAAGUACGAUGUUGCCAUUAAGAUGAUUAAAGAAGGAUCAAUGUCAGAAGAUGAAUUCAUAGAGGAAGCUCACACCAUGAUGAAACUUAAUCAUCCCAAACUUGUUAAGCUCUAUGGAGUUUGCACAGAGACAUAUCCCAUCUAUAUAGUGGCAGAAUAUAUGGCUAAUGGCUGCUUGCUUAACUACUUGAGGAGUCACGGAAAGGAACUGCAACCCUCUCAGCUGCUGGAAAUAUGUUAUGACAUUUGUGAAGCUAUGACUUUCUUAGAGAGCCAGCAGUUCAUUCAUCGAGACUUGGCUGCUAGGAACUGCUUGGUUGAUAGUGAUCUUACUGUGAAAGUGUCUGACUUCGGGAUGGCUAGGUAUGUUCUGGAUGACCUGUAUAUAAGUUCAUUAGGAACUAAGUUUCCAGUGAAGUGGUCGGCACCAGAAGUUUUUCAUUAUACCAAGUUUAGCAGCAAGUCGGAUGUAUGGGCCUUUGGGAUCUUAAUGUGGGAGGUGUUCACUUUGGGAAAGCAACCCUAUGAACUGUAUGAUAACAUACAAGUGAUUGAGAAGGUUUCUGAGGGAUAUCGGCUUUACCGACCACAACUGGCCUCAGAGACCGUCUACCAGUUAAUGUACAGCUGCUGGCAUGAGCUGCCAGAAAAGCGCCCCACAUUUCAGCAACUCCUAUCAAUUAUUGAGCCACUCAGAGAAGAUGACAAGUCUUGAAGACAAGUCCUUAUCAUGUGGCUUUGAAUAUUGGUUGACAUAUCACCAGUCUACUUUGUGAGAGCUAAUACUCUUGUAUGAAUUCUGAAAUCUGGCUGACUCCAGCAGUAUUACACUGGUUUUUUAUUGUCUUUUAAUUCGCAGUGCUUUGACAUCAUAGAGUAAAGAAGAAAACUCUUGUGAUGUUGUGGUGACUUGGUAUUGUCUGAAAGAAGAGUGUAGAAGUAUAUUACUGAUGCUAUUAGUAUGACCUCCCCACCCCAGUACUUCACAAGCAGAGAAAUAUGCAGUAAUAAUGUAAACUCUUUCAAGGUUUGUUGUGGUGGGUUUAUUUCACAUCACAACAGGAUUUUAUUCAUCUUUAUUUGGAAAAUGUAAACGUGGGUAA